AUGAACGUAGACGGCCUUCACCUGCGCUCCGGCUUCCCCAGGGAUCGAUUGUCAGAGCUGCACGGGAACAUGUUUGUUGAAGAAUGUGAGAAGUGCGGCAAGCAAUAUGUUCGGGACACUGUAAUUGGAGUGAUGGGUCUGAAGCCAACCGGACGCUACUGCGAUGUCACGCGCUCAAGAGGACUCCGAUCUUGCAGAGGGAAGCUGAUCAGCACUAUAUUGGACUGGGAGGACUCACUGCCUGACAGAGACCUGAGCAGAGCUGACGAAGCAUGUCGGCGAGCUGACUUGGCCUUGACGCUGGGAACAUCUCUUCAAAUUAAACCUAGUGGAGAUCUGCCUCUUCUAACCAAACGCACCGGAGGGAAGCUGGUUAUAGUCAACCUUCAGCCUACCAAACAUGACAAACACGCCCACCUGCGUAUCCGCGGCUAUGUAGACGAGGUCAUGGGUCAGCUGAUGAAGCUGCUGGGAUUGGAGGUUCCAGAGUGGGCGGGGCCAAUGCUGUGUGAAAGCUCAGGUGGAGACCAGGACAUCCUCCCAUUCGGAGCCUGGAAAAAGGAAGUGAAGAUCGAGCUGAAAAUAGAGGAAAAUAAACACGCCGUCCCAAAAAAACGAAAGAAGAAAGAGCAGGAUGGCGAGAUAAACUGCAAGAAAGAUGUUAAAGUAGAAGAAGAGGUAAAGGAGGCAACGUUUAGUGACUCUCAACCAAUCAAAACGCAGACGUCGUCCUGUGAGGCGCAUCCUUUAAACGGCUCCUCCCACAAUCCUUCAAGUUCUUCUGCCGUGAAUGAAACGGACGCAGAACCACAGACAGACACUGAACAGCCCUCUUCCUAGAGCCCUAUCACAAUCAGAGAGAAACUGAAUCACAAAUCUCAGGAAGUGUGGUCACUAUAUGCCCUGUGUUUACAUCAUCAUGAGGAAAACCUGGGCUCAGGCCUGUUAGAUGAAGUGAGUUGAUGAAGCGAUGCCAUUGAGCCGUGAGUGUGUACCAUUACAGCUAGUUAGUGGAUAAAUUAGGUGGAUAUUUUUUCUGUUUGUCAGCUAAUCUGUGCAGUUUUUGUGGAUGGAGGUUUUGGUGAAUCAUGGUUUUGUACUGUAAAAUAAACAUAACAUGAUAUUUUCUACCCUCAAAUAAAUCAGGUUAGUAAAAACAAGGUUCACUGCACAAAACAUAUCUGUCAUAGUUGACCCUAAAAUCAAAACAUUUUAUUA